ACCCGAUGGGUGCCCGGACGCGGAAGAACUGGCCCCGCGGAGGUUCCCGCUUCUGAAGCGUGGGAGGCGGAAGAGACUGCAGCCCCCGCCCCCGUCCCCAAGCCUCCGCCCCUUAGCCCCCGCCCCCAGCUGCCAGUCCCCAGCAGCUCAGUCCUGCAGUGAGAGUCUUGGGAGUCCAUAGCUAAGCACCAGGAGCUGAGCACUGCCCGCUGUGCCUGCCUGCAAGUCUGACAUGGCUCAGGAGAAAAUGGAGCUGGACCUUGAGCCUGACACAUCUUAUGGGGGAACCCUGAGGAGAUCCAGCAGCGCUCCCCUAAUCCAUGGGCUCAGUGACCUUUCACAGGUUUUCCAACCUUACACACUUAGAACUCGGAGGAAUAGUACAACAAUUAUGAGCCGUCACAGCCUGGUAAGUAUAGAAUUGCUGUCAUCCUCACCUAAUCGUAUUCCUAGUAGCAGACUGCAUCAGAUCAAAAGGGAAGAAGGCCUGGAUAUGGUGAACAGAGAAACUGCACAUGAAAGGGAAAUGCAAACGGCAAUGCAGAUAAGCCAAUCAUGGGAUGAGAGCUUGAGCCUGAGUGAUAGUGAUUUUGACAAGCCGGAGAAAUUAUAUUCUCCUAAGAGAAUUGACUUCACUCCAGUUUCUCCAGCACCUUCACCCACCAGGGGAUUCGGAAAGAUGUUCGUGAGCAGCAGUGGAUUGCCACCAAGUCCAGUUCCCAGUCCAAGACGAUUUUCAAGCAGGAGAAGUCAGAGUCCAGUCAAGUGCAUUAGACCCAGUGUUCUUGGUCCUCUUAAAAGAAAAGGUGAAAUGGAGACAGAAAGUCAGCCCAAGAGACUCUUCCAAGGCACUACCAAUAUGUUAUCUCCAGAUGCCGCGCAACUGUCUGAUCUCAGUUCAUGUUCAGAUAUUUUGGAUGGCAGUAGUAGCAGCAGUGGCUUAUCCUCAGACCCGCUGGCUAAAGGCAGCGCUACCGCAGAGUCUCCAGUAGCAUGCUCCAAUUCAUGCUCUUCGUUCAUCUUGAUGGAUGAUCUCUCACCCAAGUGGUGUUAUCAAGGAGAAGAAAUUCCUGCCUUGACCAGAUGUGUGGAGCAUCUACAAAUGAAUGAAUAGUUAUUUACACACAAACCACUGUGUACAAAAGCGUCCAUGGAGCUGUCAGUGUCUCGAGUGGUAUUAUGAGGCCUCAGGUGCCUUGGGGUACAUUGUCAUGCUAUAAGGGAUGUAUAUCAUAAGGUAUGGUGGAAGAGGGGCCUUAUGUGUAUGAUUGCCACAUACUGUUUCUGUUGCUGCUUUUUUUCCGAUUCCUUUUUGUCAUUGGAUUUGUUUGUUUUGUCAUGUGGUGAAUGGUGUUUUAGUUAUUGUGUUGCUGCCAGAAUCAGAAUCCAGUUCUUGUUCAUACUGCCUUGUAGUGAGGGCAGUUUAAUAUCUACAAAGAAGCUUUUAGAAGCUGAAAAAGUCAAUGUGAUUGUGCAUUCUGCUUUUAAGAAGCUGUUUCAGCUAUGAACUGUGUAUGUGCUAUAAGUGUGAGGUACCAUAAGUUAUUUAAUUUUUAAAAGAGGAAACUCCUGAGUGAGCUGUUUAAGAAAUCUGAGUGUAAUCUAUUGUUAUGUUAUUUAUAACUAGGUGAAAUGUCUGUCGUGAUAGAUUUCUUUUAACGUUCAGAUACUGUGGUUGGGUUGUCUAUAUUUAAUAUGCAGAUUUGCCUGCUGGAAUCAUAAUUCAUUUUUAAGUGAAUGUAAGAAAUGAAAACUACUGCAUUUGUGUCUUUUGAAGGCAAGGAUCCUUGGAUUUUAAAGGAAGAGUAUGUGCUUUGAAGGCACUCAGAGACUAGUAAUAGCAUAUGGCUUGAAGGGAAACCCAUUCUCUUUCAAUUACAAGAGAGCAUCACUUAGCGUGCAGUACUUCUGUUACAGCAUCCGAUGUGUCCUUUAUUUUAAAUUGUAACCAUAACAGCCAUUAAUGGCUUUAUUUCUUGUAUUGCUCUCAUCUGGGAAAAGUCUCUACUUCUUCAAACGUAAUAUAAAUCUAUUAUGAAGCUUGUCCCCUAGUAUGCCAUUAUAAAGAAAAAAUUCUUCGAUGGUAUGCAGUGUAUCUAUUCUGUUUGUAAAAGAUCAUGUCAAAAUGUUCUGCCUCUAUAAUGAUAAUAGAUGGUUUUGUCUUUCAGGAGAUUUAUCCACCUACUGUCUUCUUUGCCUUAAAGGGACACUUGGCCAUCAUUUUUAGGCUCGAACUUAACACUGUUAAGAAAUAACUGAAAUAUGAUGGUAUUUACAUUAAUUUUUGAAAUUCAGUGGUGGGAUAGAAUUAGGUCAGGAAAUGGAAGUUGUUCCAAUGGUGUGAGAACUAGGAGACAAGAUGAUUCACUUUAUUAUUUAAACCAAGCUUCAUUUUUAGUUUUUGUUGUUUAAAUGGACUGGAAAGUUAAGUUUUUGCAGGGAUUGUUUUGAAAUAAAGAGAUAUGCUAACUCACAGAUGAACUUUGUUAAGACCCCUUUAUUUUUAUAUAAAGUCUAAUAUUUGAAAAGCGAUUGUUAUAAAGUAAAAUUCUCUCUUCCUAUUCUAAUAUAUAUCAUAUAUUUCAGGCUUCUAUUUGAAAACAGGUAUAAGAGAUGAUAUGAUAAAACCCUAUAGAUAAUGUUUUUUGCUUGAUUGACUUAUAUAAUCACUGUUUCAUGAUUACUGCUUUUGGAAUAAUAGGAAGUUUUGUGAAAUGCUGGCCUUGUGUAUAUCUUAGAAUGCAAAUUUAAUAAAGUGUGUAUACAUGCAUAAAA